AUGGAUAAUGAAAAUUCAGAGAACAAUAAAAAUAUUGAAGAGGUUUCUGAUACAGAAGAAAAUAAAUUCAACUAUAACUUCAUUAAUACACCAUGGGACGAUCGUACAGACAGGAGUAGAAUAACUGCUAUUGCAUUGCUUGUGGCUAUAAUCGUUGCUACAGCUGCUCUAGUGAUCAACAAUUUAGUUAUACAUUAUAAAGAUUUUCAUUACGAGUCGUUCCUCAAUAAUACUGAUAUUGACUGUAACGUGGUUAAAUUGGAGGAUUAUCCUUACAUAGCGCGCAUACAUUUGAUAUCAUCUAACGAACUUGUGUGCGUAGGUGCUAUGAUAUCGAAACAUUCAGUGUUGGCGAAUGAGUUAUGUUUGAAAUCAGGUCCAAUUCGACUGCGUAUUGGGAGCCCUACCGAUCCGCGAUGUAAGAAAGGCUUCAGCGUUAAUUUUAUGGAAACCAUACCACACAAUGGCGUUAUUACAAAACAUUUGGUGCUGCUAUCAAUUCUCGAGAACAUGACUGGCUGUAUGAAGUCAAUCAAAAUUGGCUUGCAUUUGAAUCCACAAAAAAAUUUGUUUAUUAUUGGAAGGUCCUUUCGAGGUGGACGAGUUUUAUCGAUUCAAAUGGCAAAAUAUGUUAAAGAGGACGUCACUUCCGUGGAAUUGCGUAAUUUGAGUAAAAACGAAACAAUUGCUGUGACAACUUUUGGAAAGUGUCCCGUACGGGCUGGAGAUUUACUUGUACAAAGGGGUCUGUUGUUAGGCUUGGCGUCUACUAGUGUACACAAGAGAGAAACUUCUAAAACAGUCUAUUUCGCAAACCUGAGCACUGCUCGAAAAUAUUUAAAUCUGUUAGACGCUGAAGUGCGGUUUAGUUAA